AGUCCGCGUCGAGCGUUUGUUGUCCCCGCACGCAUGCGCGCCGCCACGUGAUUGGCUCGUUCAUAUUUCGAACGUUCAACCGUCCAAUCGUUUCGAUUACUUUUCUUUUUCUCACAAUUGUGCGCCUGACAUUUUAUAAUUUUAUCAUCCUGUAUUGUGACAUUGAAAUAAGACUGUGUUUACUUCGGACUUGAAAUAGCAGCAGUGUUUUUAAGGUCGGAUUUUAUUCUCACGUAUUCUGGUGUAAACAAACAAGGUCCGCUGCGAGCAAGUUGGAUUAUUGACCUAGUCGGCCACCGGAAACGUUAUGCCUUAUAUAAACGGCGCUAUCUAAAGCGGACCUGUGCCGCAUCACAAAUGGUAUCACCGUUAAUUAUGCCAGGUUAUUAGCACAAAGCAUAAUGAUGGAAGAGGUGACACCCCGCACCAACGUCGAGUACAUACCACCACUACCUCCGAAAGUGAAACAGCGACAGACGACCUUCACGCAAAUAACCAACGAUGAGAAUCUAAACGGGUUCGACACGACCGAUAGUCGCUCUAUAGACUCUCUAAGUUCGAUGCACUCGCUCGUCCUUAAUUCUAAGAGUCCAAGUGCAACGGUAUUCAUAGCGGCGGCCCAGUCAGACCGACCCGCAAAUACGGCUCGCGCAGACGCUCCAACCAACGGUCCGCACGUGGUCACAAUCAGAAUAAACACUGACGCCGACAAAGCAAAAGCACCGAAAAUAUCAAGCGUCCAUCUCAAAAGCGACAUCGACUUUGACACUUUCAAAAUCAACGAGAGAAAAAAUAAUAGCCUAGUCAGGAUCAAUGUCGAUGAACCUAUACCGAAAAUUGUCGAAAAUGAAGAAUUAAUGAAAACAGAUAAACCACCUUAUAUCUACUGCAAUUCUUUCGCCAAUUCAAUGACAAAUAUGGUAAUGUCAAGCGGACAGUGUUCGCCUAGUGACACGCUAGAUUCGGGAACUUGCAGUGACCUCGAUGGGACACCGCCACCGCUACCGAAAAAGAAAACUUUAAAAUCUGCCACUAAAAAAGCAAUUUCAGUGACUGUUAUUAAUUCUCGGAACGGCAGCAACCAUGGCGAGCUCGAUUUUGAAGAUAACGACUCGAAUAUAUCAUGUGAUUCACUGAACAGUAGCGAGUUAAAUGGAAGCGUGCACACAGAUGAAAGUCAUAUCGAAUACAUAACUAAAAAGGGAAAGAAACAGAGUUUUGAGCCUCCUGCAGCACCAGUAAUGCCGACAUUUGCCACUGAACCGAACAAUAAAGACGGCUUUCUACCGCAAGGCCUACUACAAGAUAUUAGAGACCGUUCAGCGAAACUCAACACAAUAGAAACUGAAAUCGAGCCCGAGCAAUUGGAGGCGAACCAGAAUAUUAAUGAAAAUGCUAAUAUAACGAAAGAAAGCACGCAACUCACUUCGUUCAGAUUAGUUUCACAGUUGAACAGUGAAGCAAAGAAAAAUGACGAGAGAGAGUCAUCUCCGCCUUGUAAAGCACCUCUCAUCACGGAGACGACGUAUGAGGAGAGACAAAAGCAAGACAAAUUAAAACAAGAGAAAAUGUGCUACAGUAGCCAUUACUUUGAUGCGGACAAAUAUUACGACUUCCACUUAAACGAGAAACAGUUUGAUGAUGUAAAAUCAGUAAGUAGUGUUAGUGUGACUGCUAAAAGUGAGUGUGAGAAUGGUACUGAUAUGGAAUAUUUCGCGGGCAUCAAGGAUUAUAAAAAUGAAGAGAUGCCGUCGACGAUUAAGAGUUCGAAAGGAACGAUACGAGGUGUCAAAAAUCGCGUCAGAGCCGGUAUAGCUACAUUCCUUCAAAUGCAGAGCACCACGAAGAGCUACAAGGAAAAAGAUGCUGGCAAAGUGGUAGUAUAUACCACGACCAUGGGCAUUGUGAGGAGCACGUACCAACGAUGCGUUCUAGUAAAGAAGAUCCUCCGGAACCUCCUGGUGAAGUACGAAGAAAGGGACGUGUUCAUGAGCAUGGAGUAUCAAGACGAGAUCAGGGAUAGAAUGAGGAGUGAUCAGAUUUUGGUGCCUCAACUGUUUAUUGAUGGUCAACAUAUAGGAGACGCUGACACGGUGGAAAAACUGAACGAAAGCGGGGAGCUGAGGAAAAUGCUGAAACCAUACAAGAGUCCAGACGCCUGCAACACCUGUCAAAUGUGCGGAGGAUUCCGUCUCCUGCCCUGCAGGAUCUGUAACGGCUCGAAGAAAAGCCUGCAUCGGAAUCAUUUUACUGCUGAAUUUGUCGCAUUAAAAUGUAUGAAUUGUGAUGAAGUCGGCCUCGUGCGUUGUGAGGUGUGCUCUUGAUCAAUUUGUAUUUUUAAGGCCUUCUCACACGGUGUAAGGCAUAACAGUUCGAGGCAAUUUCAGUUGAUGGCAUAAUCUGUAAUCUGUAGCACUAUUUUGUUUGUACUGUUUCAAAGUAUGCUUUUUUUUUUUGCAUAUAAACAAAUAUUAAAUGCGCAUACAUGCAUGUACAAUCUUUUAUGUCAAGAAUUAUAUAUAUAUUAGCAUCUCUAACCUUUUUUGGCUGUUUAUAGAUUUUUGUAAAAAAUAUAAACUUUAAAAAGGCAGGAUGAUGCAAUAAGAAUUUAGGUUCAUUCGUGCUCUUUCAAUUAAAUAGCUAGUGAUAAAAUUUACUGCUAAAACAGGGGCCGAACUUAAUAUUUACUUAUAUUUUCUUUUUUUACUGAAUUGAUUGCAUUGUAAACAAUUGAACAUAAAGGUACGUAAAUGCAAUUCAACGGUUUUUUUAUUUCAAAGUACAACAUAAAUCAGCACAUGCCUUUACAUCACUAAUUGCUUCCAAUUCAAGAUAAUCUUAAACUGUAACUAUUGGAAUUUGCAUGUAGUUAUAGACCCAUUAGUCUUAGUCUAACCCAAUAAACAUAUUGAUAAGUAGUCAAAUAGAUUUUUUAUUCAUAAUAUGUCAAAAAUAGUUGCUUAGUUAAAACAAUAUCGAUAAAAUAUCUAAACUAAAGCGUAUAAAUAUUUACUUAGAUAUAAUUUAAAGCUCAAAUAGAUUAUAACACUAACACUUUAUUAUAAACUCAAUGGAAGGUACAAAUUUGUGUUUUGUUUUUAUACAAAUUGUGGCAAAAAAAUCAUGAAUAGGUAGAAAAAUUAUAACAGAUGUAGACUUUAAAAUUAGAACUUAACUGUUUCGUAUAUUUUGAAACUCCAUUGAUGGCGUUAGUGUCCUAAUUUGAUGUUUUAUUUUUUUAUGACAAUGUUCAUAUGAAUAGACCGAACUCAUCGGAUCAAUGUCUAUUUCAAUGGUAAUUGUCACAACUUGUAUUCAGUGCCAAGCACUAUUUUUUUAUCUGUUUUUCACGGUCAACUCAAGUUUUAUUUACAAUGCUAUAUUAUUAAGGACGUUAUUUGUAUUAAUUGAAAAAAAAAGAGUUCAUUUUUAAACCUCUAAACCUUUUUUGUAUUUUUUUAUAUAUUUGAGAAAAUCAUAUGUUCAUUGAAAUGUAAUAUUGAAAUUCAUUAUAAUUUGAAAUUGGUAGUGUAGGUGUGUUGUAAUAAAAUAAAGAUAGCAUGCCAUAAAUUAGAUGCAAUAAUUUUUCUAUUUUAUAUAAUUUUCUAAGUAAUAAUUAGUAGAGUUAUUUUUUAGUAUGUACUUGAUAGUUUACCUUAAAUCCGUAUCGAAAAUAAUUUAUUUUAGCAUUGAAUUUUUUUUCUUCUUGUAGAAUUUGAGAACUAUAUCAUGUAGAUGGUGCGAAGUAUGUUUAUCAAAUAUACUAAUUAAUUUAAAUAAGCUUGCAUAUUGCAAUCUUAAGCGACAGAUAACGAUGGGGCGAGGAAAAAAUGCGAUUCUAAGCUGUCACAUGUACCCUAGCCCUUAUCGAAGAUUUUAACUACAGAAGUAGGUUGAAAACUUAUUUUAAUAGCAAAACAAAAAAUGACUAGUAAAGUGAUAUACAUAUUUAUACAAAUAUAUUUAUUUGUUUAAUGAUUUUUUUGUAGUUUUAAUAUUCAUUUCAAGUUGCUUCUACAUGGUCUGGUAAAAUAAUGUAUAAUUUUGUUAAUAUACGACUCAUAUUAUGAUGUACUCAGAUGUUGGUUAGUCAAAUAAAUAAAUAAAUAAAUAAAAUUAUCUAUAUUAUCAGGUACAGAAAAAACACCAGAUAGAUUACUAGAUACAGCCAGAGAAUCGUUUACAGAACAUAGAUUAAGCAAAAAAAAAUCUGGUAAUUUCAUAUUUCAAGUGUGUUCACGAUAUUAACCAUUGAAUACAUAUGUUUGUAAUGUAGGUUAUAAUUAAUUAUUAUGUGAAUAUUAAUUAAUGAAUUCAAUCAAUAAAAACUAAUGAGACUUUUAAAUGUAAGCUACUUUAAUCCAAUACUAAUACUGUUCACAAUUUACAUAUUUUGAAAUGAAUUUUUCACUAUUUUUUUUCAUAUAUUGAAGCGUUGUGAUAGCUUAAAUUUAUUAAUUAUAAAAUUACUUAGAUAUCGAAUGUAUUCGUCUUAUUGAUUACGGCGAUUUGUAAAUACUUUUGUUUAAAAAUAAAUAAUGAAUUCAGU